AUGGGCUAUCGCGCACGACAUGCCAACAGUCGAACCAAAACUCCAUGCGCACCCGAUAUCCGCCGUGCACAAACAAAAUCCCUAAAUGUACAACGUGCAGAGACGCGUCAAGCAAAGUUUAACCAUUUUUGCAAUGAGUUAAUCAGCCGAGAUAUACGCCAAUUUGAAGACAUUUUCAAUAAGUUCUCGGUUAAAGAGAUAAGGCAAAUGAAUUCCUUGAUGGGAGUUCAGUGGCGAGAAAUCGCCAAGCAACAAAUUCUCGGGCUAAACACACAGCGACUAAAGGAGGAGAAGGAAAAUUCCUAUCUGCAGAACCUAGGCAAUCUCAAACACGAAUGUUCAGUUAAACAUUCAAAAGAUACAUCUUGGCUCAUGAUGCUUCUUAACCAAAACGGUAUUGACAUUUCGGCACUCUUGAAUGAUAUAAUCGACAUCAUGGAUAAAAAACAACAAAGGUUAACACGUUGUGUUUCAAAGGCCAAACAAAUACUGGCAAAACUCUUUUAG